AUGGAUAGCUAUUUCCAGUCUCGACUCGUAGACGAUGAGGACCCCACCCUCGGACCAGACCGACGCUAUUACCACCCGGGGACGCCCAUGACUGACUUCGGCGUGCGCCCGACCCCUGGGCCCUACUCAGUCAAUGGUCUCCUUGCCCCGUCCCAGCCUGCCAACAAUCACCACCCCAACACUCCACCCAGGGAAAACACCAUCCACCCAAGCCAUCCGACUAAUGGUUUCGACGACAGAUACUUAGGUUUCACGCCAAACUCAAGUUCCUCCUCCUCGGCUAAAGAAGACAACGAACCAAGGCUUACUAAUUACGACAUAUUCAACCCGGAAUCUAAAGUCAAUUUUGAUGCGAGCACUGUUCAUGGACAACCGAGACGUAAACAACGACGUUACCGCACUACCUUCACCAGUUUCCAACUGGAGGAGCUUGAGAAGGCUUUCCAAAGGACUCAUUACCCCGAUGUAUUCUUCCGCGAGGAGCUAGCAUUGAAAAUAGACCUGACAGAAGCACGCGUUCAGGUGUGGUUCCAGAACAGACGAGCUAAAUGGCGGAAACAGCAGAAACAACAGGGCAAGGAGCCAGAGACAUCACAAGUGCUUCCACCAAAUUCCAAGAUCCACAGGAACUGUCCGUCCAAUGGCCUCCAAAACACCAGCCUCACAAGCGUCCCCCCAAUCACUGGAGUUCCCCUUCCCAGCAUGUAUUUUCAUGGCAACUUGAGCGUUGACUGGACUCCCCCCUUCAGUACAUCAGUCAGCCAAACAUCAUUGUCAUCCUUCUUCGCCAACGCCGGAAAGUGCCCCAGUAGGCCCGUGCAAUCUGAUGGACGGGAGUUUACUGGCCAUGAUACACUAAACCACAACGGGGUGCAUCUGGACAGUGGCAAGUGUAUGGCAGAAGCCAAUCCCAGGUCCUCAAGCAUUGAACAGCUUCGCCUCAAGGCCAAGGAACAUUCACAGGCUCUCGCUAUUGCCCAGUGA